AUGGCGAGUAGGCAAAAUUCUGCAAAAAAUCGUCGAGGAGGACAAUAUUGUGUUGCUGGUUGGCCCAACGGAAAAAGUUGUACAAACAGUCAACACACAGAGGGUGUCUCAGUACAUCGUUUCCCCAUGAAUGACAAGGAGAGGCUGAGUAAAUGGACAAAAUUUGUUAGGAGACAUAGGCCAAAAUUCGUUCCUCAGCAGUACUCUGUGCUAUGUUCAAUACAUUUCGCAGAUUCUGCAUUCACCGUGAACGCAACAGUUGCAAAAUCGCUAAACAUGAGACGACAAUUGCGCUCUGAUGCUGUUCCAACCAUAGACUCUGUAAAAGGCAUUUCAAUCCAAGGUGAUAAGAGCAAUCGCGACCGCAGAGUUGUGUUGCGUGAAGUAACACGAAGUGUAAAAGAUGUUGAACCUGCUGUUAAACAUACUGAUGAUGAAGGGAAUUCUGACGAGUGUAACACGACAGAAAGCGUUGAUAGUGAACCAGUUAGAGAGGAUUCACCAGAACCGCUGCCAAAACAAGAGCAAGUUGAAAUCCAACGGCAUUUGGAUAGGAAACAACUAUCUUCAACACCAUUGUUUCCCACAUAUCAACAGCAAGAUGUACUGCAAGCAAAAGGUUUAGACAAAGAAAAACAAGCUGCUUCAACAGGUCCUUCAGAUUCAAAAAAAACGUGCUUAUGCAAAAAUUGUGGACAGCCAAUGAAAGGACAUCCAAAAAAUCAUUGUCCACAAGAAUUACUUGACAAAUAUUCUUAGCAGGCCAACUUUAAAGUUAGUUAUAAAAUAAUAUACUAUGCUACAAAAAAUGUUU